CUGGGACGUCUGGCUUGAGCCCCGGGCGGCGGGAAGUCGUCAGGCGGCCCGGACGCGAUGGGGCCGCUGCCCUAGCCUCGCUGACUGCUGGCGGCGGGAGGAAGGGGCUCGGAUCGGCCAGGACCGGGGGCGAUGCUGAAAAGGAGUCAGUUUCCUGCACCCAACACCUAAGCAGCCGGGGUCCGUGCGCCCCGCGGGCGGCUGCAGACGGCGGCGCGGCGCGGGCUCGGAGCCCAUGUCCGGGGCGGGCGAAGCUCUCGCUCCCGGGCCCGCGGGGCAGCAGUGCGCGGCCGAGGCGGGCGGCGGCCGGCUGGGCUCCCCGGCCCUGGAGAAAUGUAAUGAGGACAAUGCUGAGAAAGAUAUAAGUCAAGCUACAAGUUGCCACUCCAUGUAUGGACUGAUGAGGGACCAGUCCAUUUGGGGAAAUCCUCCAGAUGGUGAACUAGUCAGAACCCAACCUCAGCGCUUGCCUCGGCUGCAGACAUCAACACAGGAGCCCAGCAAGGAGGAAACAGGCAAGAUAAAGAAUGGCGGCCAUAAGAGUCUGAGCAAUGGGAAUGGAAUUCCUCAUGGAGCUAAACAAGCACCUACAGAUAACCACAAAAUUUCAGCUCCUGUUUCUCAGAAAAUGCAUAGAAAACUUCAGUCCAGCUUGUCUGUAAACAAUGAUAUCCAUAAGAAGAGUAAAGUACACGCUGUCUUUUCCCAAAAGACUGCUUCCUCACCAGAAGACUGUUGUGUCCACUGUAUCCUGGCGUGCUUGUUCUGUGAAUUCCUGACCCUCUGCAAUAUUGUCCUGGGACAAGCUUCCUGCGGCAUCUGCACCUCCGAAGCCUGCUGCUGCUGCUGUGGUGACGAGAUGGGCGAUGACUGCAACUGCCCUUGUGACAUGGACUGUGGCAUCAUGGAUGCCUGUUGUGAAUCCUCAGACUGUUUAGAAAUCUGUAUGGAAUGCUGUGGCAUCUGUUUUCCGUCAUAAAGAUUUAUCUUUUGUUUGUAUUAAAACUGGAGACAUUUUACAAUAUUUCUUGUAGGGGAAAGAAAAGCACAUGGUAAGAUUCUCAUGAAGCAACUCAGUGUUUGCACUGUUAACUCAUUAUGUUUAAGUAAUCUCUGAAAUUCUUUUUCUUUCACUAAAUCUAUAUGGUUUAAUAUGUGAAGUUUUAACUAACUGGUUUCUGAAGCUUCUUUGUAGACGAUAAUAGUUGGAAGAUAUUUUGAUACACAAACACACACACAAAUGUUGUCUGUCUUCUUUCUGUUGACAUAUGUGUUUCUCCUAAUCAUUCUCAGCAGCUCUUUGCUCUAAACACAACAUUGCUCAAUAGGUAUUUAAGCCAGAUCAUUUAUCUUUGAUGUUUAUCUAUUAGAGGUUAAAAGUGAACAUUCAUUAUUCUAAGUAAGCACACAUACGGGGCAGAGCUGCAGACAGAUGCAGGACUCUCCAUGUUGGUCUGUUUUGUGUGCUCUCACCUCCAAUGUUCUACCCAGAGGGCACUGAGGAAGAUCAUGCUGCUGUCAUUCAGAGCAGCAUGCAAUGUAGUGGAGGAGGGCAGGGUGGGAGCCAUAGAGAAUGAACCAGAUCCCAAGGCAUGCUCGUGGCAGGACUGGAAAGGAAAGAGGGCAUAGGAAGAAACAGAAGCAAAGAACAGGCUAUUGAGGAAGGCUUGAAGGAGAAUGUGGCAUUUCGGAUGCCUUAAGAUGAAUUAAAUUUAGGAAAAAGUUUAAGGUGAGUGGCCUGAACUGUUUGUGUUCCGAACAAGUGAAAAAAAAUGUGCCUCCAUUGCACAUUUCAACAACACAGCUUUCUUAAAACUAUAAAAUCAGAACUAAUGCAAAUAUGCACUUUCCUACACAUAAUUUAAGUGUUAUAAAUUUUAAUGAAAACAUAAUACCUUGUUAACAUAACUAUAUUUUACCAAAAAUGUAGAACACGUUUUAACAACUUUCAUUUAAAUGAGUUUUUUUUUUCAAGAUUAAAAAAACCCUAGUAUUCUGAUUUGGGGUUUUUCCAAAGCUCACUUAUAUUUGAAAGAUUUGGUUCUUUAUGUGGGACUGUUUUUUUGGGGGGGGUCUAUUUAUUUUGGUUGGCUUGUAGCCACAGUCUUGUAUUUCAAAAGCACGUGUGUCUUGCAUCCACUACAGGAGGAGCUCAGAUGUCUAACACCAUCAGCAGAUAACAGCAUCCCAAUUGUAUGUUAAAAAAUGCCAAUGUGUUGCCGGGCGUGGUGGCGCACGCCUUUAAUCCCAGCACUUGGGAAGCAGAGGCAGGCGGAUCUCUGUGAGUUCGAGGCCGGCCUGGGCUACAGAGUGAGUUCCAGGAAAGGCGCAAAGCUACACAGAGAAACCCUGUCUCGAAAAACCAAAAAAAAAAAAAAAUGCCAAUGUGCCAGGUUAUAAAGAUACUAAAAGUAUAAAGAUAUAUAUCUGUGACAAGACUGGAUAGUGAUGGAGUCAGCUCUUAUGAAAGGGAGCGUUUGGUUUUACAUACAUCCUCCCAUAUGAUUUUCUUUUUUUCUCUUCAGAUUUAAAAUUUGGUUGCAUUGACUAAUGCUUUGCAGGCUCUUGAAAGUAUAUUUGGUAAUUUAGUGGUUCUUUACAGUUCCAGAUGAAUAUCAGAUUGUUUUUAAAAGAUGCAUUUUUAGGAAGCCUUUAGCCAAACUAGAUUUUAGGAGACCUGAGCUUUUUUUUUUAAACAUGAAGAAUGAGAAUGUCUCCAAUGUUUUUCCUUUGAGAGUAUGCUUAUCUUAUAAUUAAAUUAUUAUUUUAAAUAUUCUUUGAUAAAGAAAAACAAGUGAAUCUCCCUUCUGGUGCAAUUUAUGCAUGCAUACACUUUAAAAUGUGGCUUAAAUACAGUGCUAAUAUACAACUGCCUUCUUCUUCAUUUGUUAUGUCAAAUAUAAUGGGAACCUUAAUAUUUCCAUAUACCCAACGUUAGCUUGUGCCUAUGUCAUAGGAUGGAGAAGAGCAUUUGUUUAUUGAUAAGCCUCUUUAUGAUUGUUGGGAUAUUUGACUCAAUAUCCUGUUAGACUGUUUAACCAAUAGGUUUGUCUGAUGCUCGAAUAUAUCCCGAUAUGAGUUGCAAUGAAAAUGAUAGUGCAUUUGAAAUGUUUUUCUGCAAUAGAGAACAUUAGUGAAUACCAAAAGUUAAUUUCCAUACUUAUACAUGUAGGACUUUUCUUCAGCUCUGUACGCCAGGCAAGCCAUUCCUUAAGGCAUCUUGUAUAAUUCAAAAGAAAAAUAGGCAAAUGUGAAAACAGUUUCAAUAUAUUUUAGAAUAUUGAUAUGUAGUGUUUUGUUGAAUCGUAUGGCUGUCAAGACUAAUUGCUAUAGUUUACAGUUAGACAUUGAGUCUCUUCUUAAAUGUGGCAUAUUUUCAAACUGGAGCUGUAUUAUCCUGGAUAUUUUAAAAUUAAAAAAAAUGAACUCUU